GAUAACACGGAGAUGCUCCUUGCUUUGCUGUCGCACAGUGAGGAGCUACGGAAAGAAAUCCCGGUAUGCGCAGGCUGCAAUCAACACAUCGUAGACCGCUUUAUCCUCAAAGUGCUGGAUCGUCACUGGCACAGCAAGUGCCUGAAAUGCAGCGACUGCCAGGCCCAGCUGGCGGACAAGUGCUUUAGCAGAGGCGAAAGCGUCUACUGCAAAGAGGAUUUCUUCAAGAGAUUCGGGACCAAAUGCGCAGCCUGUCAGCAGGGGAUACCGCCCACACAGGUGGUGAGGAGAGCGCAGGACUUCGUCUACCACCUGCACUGCUUUGCCUGCAUCGUGUGCAAGAGGCAGCUGGCCACAGGUGACGAGUACUAUCUGAUGGAGGACAGCAGGCUGGUCUGUAAGGCCGACUACGAGACCGCCAAACAGAGAGAAGCAGACUCAACUGCAAAAAGGCCACGAACAACCAUCACUGCUAAACAGCUGGAAACGCUGAAGAACGCUUACAAUAACUCUCCCAAACCUGCCCGCCAUGUCCGAGAGCAGCUAUCCUCAGAGACAGGUCUGGAUAUGCGGGUUGUGCAGGUUUGGUUUCAGAACAGACGAGCUAAAGAGAAAAGGCUGAAGAAAGAUGCUGGACGGCAGAGGUGGGGCCAGUACUUCCGCAACAUCAAGAGGUCAAGAGGAAGCUCCAAAUCUGAUAAGGACAGCAUCCAGGAGGAAGGCAUGGACAGUGAUGCAGAGGUGUCCUUCACAGAUGAACCACCCAUGUCAGAGCUUGGCCAUAGUAACGGUAUCUACAGCAACCUGAGUGAGUCCUCUCCAGCCAUGGGGGGCCGCCAAGGGGGCAGCAAUCACAGCUCCUUUCCCCUGGAACACGGAGUCCUCCCCUCUCAAGAACAGUUCCAUGAAAUACGCUCCAACAGCCCCUAUGGCCUUCCUCAGUCACCAGGGUCACUUCAGGCGCUACCCAGACACCAGCCUCUCAUCUCCAGCCUGGUCUACCCUGACUCUGGUCUUUCUAUCAUGGGCCAGGGCAGGCCCCCGCGGGGGAGGGCGUCGAGGGGCCCAGCCAAUGGCCCCAGCCCGGACCUCUCCACGGGCAGCAGUGGAGGAUACCCUGAUUUUCCUGCCAGUCCUGCCUCCUGGUUAGAUGAAGUGGACCACGGGCAGUUUUGAUUAGUCGAUAACAAGAAAUUGGACCUUUUUUUUUUGUUUUCAGUGACUUCUUCUGGAUUUUGGGAACUGGACAGUGAUUGUGCAAAGGACUCUACUGCUGUCCUUGGAUCUCACCAAUAUCUGAUUAACAAGUCAACUGAGUAUCUGUGAUCUAGAUGGAAGGAAGGAGGAAAAUAUCCUCUAUUAAAAGCACUUGACCUCAUAAUUGUCCUUCACUUAUAAAACAGUAUGUUCAGUUUUCAGAUACUGUACCACUAUAAACUUUUUCUCAACAAUACAGAAACCCAGAAAGUUUAGACUUUGAUCAUUCAGAUUUUCACAAACUCCUGCUUCUGUUCUCAUCCCCUCCCUUUGUUUUCUACAAUGUGUUCAGGUGCAGAAUUCAGUUCAAUGUUCUGAGUCUCUAAAUGUCUAGUUGUUGCCAAAUAUCUAUAUCUAUAUAUAUAUAUAUAUCAUUGUGGAGACUUUAUUUUUAUA